UGUGCUCAUUGCUGAUCCAAAAGUCCAAGGGCAGAAUGCAAACAGACUUUGGAUAGGUUCUCUAGUUCUAGUUCUUUCCUCGUACUAUAUGCUUUAGCAUUUUAUCGAAGAGAUCGAACGACCGAAUUCAAAGGCUCUGUCUGUAAGCCUGUUAGCUUCCCUAACCAUCACGAAUAUACAACUCCGUUAGAUUUACUAAAUUUAUAGGCAUAAGUCUUUCUCUAAAUUCAAACAGAGUGACUUCUGUCUAAGCUGGCUUUCAGAUAGCAAAAUUUCGAGCUAGUUCUCGUUUGAUUUGUGUUAAGAUCGCACCUUUUGUUUAUAAUCCAACAAAAUUAUUAUAUAUUUUUUAUAUGAAAAUUAAGAUUCGCCAUAUAAUCGGUGAUUUUAUAGUAUCUAAACUUGCAUAAAUCCAUACACAGUCUCAUUACUCAAAAUGCAACUUAUAGCUGUAAUUACCAUUGGGAUAGGUUAGAAGUUAAGUAGAAAACAAAUCUGUGUCAGCAACAAAGGGCAUGCAUGUUGCUUAUCACAAAUGCAUGCCAAUAAACAAAGAAUUCAAGAAAAAAGCUCCGCGACAUGCGCCCCAACGAGUCGGCAAUUAAAAUAUGCGCACUUUUAAUAGCGCAACUUAAAAAAUGCCGUUAAGCUGAUUCUCAUUAAUUGCAUACAACGAUCAGUUUCAAUAAAAACGCUCAAAAAGCUUCACGGAAAGCAGAAAACUCACUCACUUGACAAUUAAGCGCACGCGAAUGAGUGAGUGCGGCGUAAUAGAGAGUGAGAGUGCGGAGAUGCAAAUAAAAAAAUGUGUGCAAACGGCGCCGAGAAGAGCAAAGUGAAAAGGAAAAGCUAAAGCAAAGGCAAAAUAAAAGCAAAUGCGAAAGAAAAUGCAGAAGCAAAGCAAAUAUAAAAGUAAAAAAAAAACUCAAAUGCAAAAGCACACAAAAAAUAACAACAGCGCACACACAUACAAACACACGCCAAAUGAAUACCUGAACAAGUGAGAAAUCAACACCAGCCAUGUGCUUCCGCAUGCAGCGCGCGACAAUACAGCGACAACAACUACAAUAACAUCAACAACAAUUUAGCGUGGCGAAUAGCGCGCAAAAAUAGAUAUCACGUAUACGUGCCGCUGUACUCAAGCGAGCACAUGAGAAGCGACUCACGAUGCAACGAGUGCAUGGGCACAUUUAGAGAAGAAAAGUAUGUACAUUUGUGUGCAGGAACGACUUGGAAGAAAUGCAAAAAGCAGUUGCAACUACUUGCUUACUAGCGGACCAUACUCAAAUAGCCACACAGUUAUCAGCACUUUUGCCAAAUAAAGCGCACAACCGUACUCAAGCUCACUCUCAAAUAUACCUACAUGACAAUCGAGCGCUACUAGCUGUCCGUCAUGUGGAAGUACAAAAUAUGAGACGCAGAUGUCUUACCUUUGGCUACAAGCUGGCUACUACCGCACAGCUCUUGCGUUUGGCUCAAACUGGUUGCGCACCACGCUACAGCACUCCGGCGCGGCGUUAAAGCUCAAACGAGCCACGAGUUGCUGUGUGAUUUGCAGUGUGGAGCGAGUAAAAUGUGUGAAAGAAGAAAUGCAAAGCAGACAAGCUGGCUGACGGCUUGACUAACUAGCCGUGUUAGCUGCUGUCUGCAUGGCUGACUGAUUUGCGAGCGAAAAGCCAGGAAAGCGCAAAGCCAAAGAGCCAAACAGUCAAUAGGCAGCACAGCAACAAAGCCAACGAAAGUGAAAAAAGCUGGAAAGCAAGCGCUGGUGAGCAAGCAAACGGUAGCGCGCUCUGCGCCAAAACACCAACAAACAGCACAACCAGCCAGCCAUCGGCAAACCAAAAUACAACAAUAGCAACAGCAUUACCAUUACCUUUACCAACGCCGCCGCGUUGUCUUUGUCGACGCCUGUGCGCUGUGUUUGGCUUUGUUUGCGCGUCGCGUUUUCGGUGGGCUUGCGGUGCGCAAACGUGCGCUCACUCUUCAUUCGUAUUCCGGCGGCACCGGUUCCAGCUCCAUAUUGCGGAAGAUCGAACGGCAGCAGCGACAGCGUGAACGCGUACGCGAUAUCGAACUCGAACACAAAGCCCGCAACGCGGUAAUACGUUAAUACUUAGUGUGUAGCCUGUAAGUGGCCGAAAGUUUGGUGACAGUGCGGGAAAUUUGCUGUAAAACAUCUUCACUUCUGUUUUUCCCAACCGCUUUUUGUAUAGAUAACGGUGACAGUUAUGUUUCAAUGCUUUUGAUUUCAUAAUUUCGUGAAAGUCUUUAUCUCUAAACAAUGAUCCUUAAGUGUGCGCUUAUCAGUUGAGACCGUGCAGCGAUUGCGGAAAUUAAGCGCCAACUCAAUUGUAGUGAUUUGUAAAAAAAAAGUACGGUUAUUAGCGCUAAUCCCCGAGAUAUGCGUCGGUUAAAGUGCUACAUUCGAAAAAGCAGGUGAAGUGGACGUGAGAAGUUGACAUACAUAUAUGUGAAGUAUGUUGGCUUAAAAUAAAAAACUAAAGAUCUCUAUGCCUUAGUACAAAACAAACGCUUAGAAGCAACGCUAAUUCAAUUGACGAAAUCGACAAAACAAAGCAACAUAAACAACUGUGUGUGAUUAGAAAAUAAUAUGGUGAUAACUGGCGUUUGAACCCAACGCUAAAAUCAGCACCCACAUUAACAACAAAAACAACAGUAAAAUCGAACAAAAAUUAGCGCUAACAAAACAAACAAUCUUGUCACGAAUGCCACACAGGCCGAUUAGUUUCAAAGAGACCACAAAGCAAUGUAAACAAACAAAGAAUAGAAUUCAUAGAAGCACGAAAAAACUACAAAAAAAAGAAGAAACACACAAAUUGAGCGUGGCUAAGUGAAGCAAAUUGUGUCGAUAGGCGAAGCUAACACACGGCGCGAGAUCACUAAACACCGCACCGCUACGCCUGACACCACGACGACUUGAGUGAAAACAAAUAGAAAAGCGAAUAACUAAAAGUUCUUUCGUCUUACUGUGCGCGGUUAGUGAAACACCUUCAAGGUCAGAUUUUUUCUUAACACCAGGCGAUCUCAGCUAAUUGAAAUGUACGCGGCGAAACACUUGCCCUAGACCAAGGUAGUGACGCAAGCAAAUGCCAAGUGCAAGUUGAAGGCGGAAAGUGGCGAACAAUAAGGGCUGAGAUAAACUAUUUUCAGCAAGUGAAAUACAAUUGAGUGUGACAGUAGUUGGAAAGGAAAACAAAUUCAAAAUAAAUCAAACGAAAUAAAAUAAAGUAAAAUAAAAUAAAAUAAAAUAAAAUAAAAUAAAAGCAAAUUGUUCUAAAUUUAAAUUAGACAUGGCAAGUUGCAGUCCGAGGAUCUCAUUUGCAUUCUAAAGCACGACUGUUGCGCGAAAAAAAAAAUAAAGUCGAAAAAAAUUAGAAAAAAAAAAUAAUACACAACAAGUGCAGUUAGAACAAAAAAAAAUUUGUGAAAAAAGCUGAACAAAUGCACGUUCGUGAUGUGAGUGAGAAACGCCAAAAAGUUGAGAAUAAAUUAAAAAUAAAAUAAUAAAAUAAAUAAUUUGUAUGCAAGAGAAAAAAACCUAAAAAUAAACAGAAUAAAUUUAAAUUAGUUAUAAAAAUUUUUGGACGGCACAUUAACUAAAUGGCAUGCAAAUAAAGCACAACAACAAAUAAAGGAAACAAAUUAAUGCAAAUAUUUGAAAACAAAACUAAAAAACAUGUGUCUGCGCAAGAAAAGUUAAAUUGCUCAAAUAAAGUCGAAUAAUAGAAAGAAUAGAAAGACACAAGCUCAGGUGCACUUGGCGAAGAUAAAAGCAUAAAAAAAUUAAAAAAAAAAAUCGGAAAAAAUUAAAAAAAAAUACAAAAGAAAUAAAACAACAAAAACUCAGCAGCACGACGCGCCAACAACAAACAAUAGCUCGCAGCUAGCCAGAACAAGUGUUCGCGUGGCGCAUAUGCUUGUUGUUAUUGUUAUGCAGACUAGAAUUGGCAAGCACGAAGCGGCAAGACAGACAGACAAGCGCAAGCUAAGCAAACGGCCGGGUGAUGUGCAAAUAAAAUAAAAAGUUAAUCAAGCAAAAAAUUAAUAAAAAAUGAAAAUAAAUUGGAUGGAAACAAAAACAGUAAAUAAAGCAAAGAACUGAAAAAAGAAGAAAAAAAAACUAAAAAUAAGAACAAAAAUAAAGUGAAGCCGGUAGCAAGCGCGAGCAUAUAUCAUGAUACACAGCAAAAAUCAAAAGAAAAACAACAACAAAUAACGCAAACUAAAGUAAAGAGUGAAAGAAAAAAAUAAAAAAAUAAUAAUAAUAAAAAAAAUUAAAAUUAAAAAUAAAUAAUAAAAAAAAAUUACAACAAAUAAAAAAAUAUAAAAAAUAAGCCACAAAACAACAACAAAGUUCCAGUAACAAAAACAACCAGGCGUGCGCUGCACUUCCAACUGCGCAUGCGAACAAGCUAACGCGAACUUCGCCGCUAACAGAACCUUAGCACGUGCGCACGCGCACUCCGACUCACGCCGUUGCACGCGCGCGUCGCUUUGCACAUGAAUGAAUGAAUGAAUUUGCGCACUUACAAGCAUUCUUAGCAUGGAUUAUCUAACGCAAGCGCUACAAAUUGGCAAUGCGCAUGCGCACCAAACACACAGCGCGCUACAGAGCGCCCAACAGCAGCAACAACAACAACAACAGCAACACCAACAGCAGCAGCAUCAGGCGCACCUGCAGCUGCUGCAGAAUGUGCAACAUGCACAGCAACAGCAACAACAACAGCAGCAGCAACAACAACAACAACUGCUUGGCAAUCUGCAGUCGCCGAGUCAUACAGCGGCGCUGCCGCCGCUCAGCUCAUUGCCACUACAAGUCGUACACAAUCUGCCACAUCUGUUAGCCGCGGGCGGCGGCAGUGUUGGCAGCAGUGUUGUUGGUGGCGCCAACAGUAAUGUUGGACUCUCCGCCGCCGCUGUCAGCAGCCUGGGCAGCAAUUUGGUGGGCACAAGUAAUCUUGUCAACAGCAUAGCCGCUGUGGCCGCCAAUCCCGCAAGCAAUGGCAAUGGCAACGGCAACAACACGUCGAGCAACAACAACAGCAAUACAAGCAACAGCGUACAUACGAACGUGGUGAAUAGCCUGAGCAGCAAUGUGCAUUUGCAUCUGCGCAAUACAAUGCAAAGUGUUGCCAACACACAGCUGCAACAGACGAUCAAUACGCUGGGCAACAAUUUGGUUGGCAGUUUGCCGCCAAGCAGUCAGCUGUUGCAUCAUCGCUUGCAACAUUUAGCGAAUGUGGCGAAUGUGAAUAAUGCCGCGGCGGCGGUGGUCGCUGUGGCGGCAAACAACAUCAACAACAUGAACAACAUCAGCAAUGGCAACGGCAUUGGCAAUGGCAAUGUGCUGGCGAAUGUUGGCAACACCGCCAAUUUGAUUGCGAUCAAUAAUGCUACUGGUGGUAAUGCUGGCAACAACAACAAUAAUAAUAAUAAUAAUAAUCCUGCGACGCCGAACAACAAUUUGAGCUUGAAUGGCUUGGUGGGCAUUAUGGGCGGCGGCGGUCAGAACGCUCAAAGCAAUGGCAAUGGCGGCAGCGCAAACGACGGCAAUAACAACAGCAACAACGGCGCGGGUUUGACGCAUAAUAACGGCAAUGUGUCUAAUGGAGUUGGCAACAACAAUAAUAACACAAAUGGCAAUAACAAUAAUAUCGACGAUAAUAGCCGCUGGACGCAAUUUCAAGUGCAACAACUGUGGAAGCAACAUGCCUCAUAUCUCAAUGGCAGGAAAUCUCCAUUUUUGGGUUUCAUUUGCAAAACAAACGGCAAAUCCUCAUCGAAUAGCAAAGAAGUUAUCUGCGGCGAUGACAAAUACAAAGAAGAGGGUGAUCUCUGGAAUGUGGAGGCACAAACCGCAUUCCUCGGACCGAAUUUGUGGGACAAAGCUCUGCCGUACGAUGCCGAUCUUAAGGUAACACAAUAUGCAGAUUUGGAUGAAUUCUUGUCGGAGAACAAUAUACCUGAUGGCUUGCCCGGCUCCCAUUUGGGACACUCAAGUGGUUUGGGGCAUCGAUCAGAUUCGCUGGGCCAUGCAGCUGGUCUGGGGCUGGGUCUCGGCCAUAUAACGACGAAGCGUGAACGUUCCCCAUCGCCAUCGGAUUGUAUAAGUCCGGAAACAUUGAAUCCACCAUCGCCGGCUGAGUCAAUAUUUGACAUUUCAGCUUUCUCCUUUGCAUCGUCGGGGCGGGAUUUCGAUCCGCGCACCAGAGCAUUCUCCGAUGAAGAGCUCAAACCGCAACCGAUGAUCAAGAAAUCACGCAAACAGUUUGUGCCCGACGAACUGAAGGACGAUAAAUAUUGGGCACGUCGCCGGAAGAACAACAUUGCCGCCAAGCGAUCACGUGACGCACGCCGCCAAAAGGAAAACCAAAUUGCGAUGCGUGCCAGAUAUCUGGAAAAAGAAAAUUCGACAUUACAUCAAGAAGUGGAACAGUUGAAACAGGAAAAUAUGGACUUGCGUGCGCGUCUCUCAAAAUUCCAAGAUGUGUAAUGUUAAGAAGUACCACCCUCCUCCCCUUAAAAAAAAAGAAAAUUAUUAAAUAUAUAUAUACAUAAAUGUAAAUGUAUAUAUAGAUGUGUAUAUCACCUCCAAAAACCACAACCACCAAUCUAAAAUGCAACCAAGCAGGCAACAAUUUAUGUUUAAUAUAAGCAACGCAAAACAACCGUUAACCGUAAGGGCGGAAAAGGAACUGGAAAUGGUUAAAAUAUGAACCGUUAUGCAGCUCACCGCAAACAGCCGUUAGAAAACUCAUGCCACACACAUAGUUUCGCAUACAAACAUAUACACACACACAUACAUGCAAUUGCCUACCUGUAGCAGCGGUACAGUUAUAUGGACAUAAAUAUAUAUAACUUAAUAUAUAUAUACAUAAAUAGCAUACAGCUUAUAAUUGAGAAACAUAGAAAUGAUAACGGUACAUAGAAAUUAUUUAAAAGCAGUUUUUAAUUAAGCUUACAGUUUGUGCAAAGAAAGUACAGACAAAGUAUGAAAAAGCAACAACAACUAACUCCCACAAGCUGCAGCAGAAGAAGAGUGCAAAGAAUAAACUAUAAAAAAGAGAAGCAAAAGAAGCAUAAAACCAAACAUAUUUAUAAAAUUGAAUAUACACAAGUACACCAACAACUUUCAGCGCUUAACACAAUACUGAAUGGGAAAGAAAUAAGCAAAAAAACAACAACAAAAAAGCUAAAACACAACUAACUAAUUUAUGAAACAACGAGAAGGGAAGAGAAGAGCAAAUGUGAAGAACCGAGUGAGCGGUGGCUGGACGUGGAGGUCGCGCGAGCGUUUCUUGCAAAGUGUGGGAUGUUUGUAUAAGAACAACAACAAAAACAACAGUAAAUAGUAACGGCGCAACUGAAAAUCGGCAAGAAAGCCAAUGAAACAUUAAAUUUGUUAAACAAAUAAAUGAAAGAACAACAAAAAACACAACAACUAUUACAACAAACACAAAGAAAAUAAACAUAUGUAUGUAUGUAUACUAGAUAAGUAAAUAAUUUAUAUACAAAAGCAGACAUAUACACGCAAUCGGCGCAUACAAAACCCAAAAAAAAGAAA